AUGAGCAACUGCUUCCUUUUCCUCCUAUUUUACGUUAUCCAAGCACGAUGUGAAGAUUAUCUAAUGAUGUUUAAUUCCUCACUUUACUGUGGCCGACCUUCAGGCGUUGGUUUUUACAAAAACUCCAACUCAGAUGAUUUACUUCUCCACAACCAGAUUGUUCUCUACUGGAAUGUAUCGGCCGCCUACAACUUUACAGCAGCUCCAAAGCAUCAUCGAGCAUUUGGUCGAGUUGUGUGUCCCGGUGUAUCAGUCAGGCCUGCAGGUCGCUAUGUCAGACAUUAUUUAAUGGAUGGAGCGGUCUACUUCUGGUUGUUACACGUGCGCGCUUCCAUUGAAUGUCCGUCCAGACGCCCCCCAAAGUCUGACGACUUCCAGCUGCGACUGAGCCAGUGGAUUGAUCGUUCGGAGGCCGAGAGCUCUCAUAACGAGGCUGAGGAGGCAUACGAACGUGGCGACUCCUUCCACCUCCCCGGACAUAAGGAACCCGAAAAUCUAACACUAUCCUGCUCCUCCCCACAACGGACCGUCACUCUUCAAGGUCGAUUGCGUCUCCUUGUCGUCUCCUGGGACAUAUUCCCUAGUCGAUUUUCUGACCAAUCGGAUAACGACACCUUGACGUCGGCCAAUCAGCUCUUUGCUGAAUUUAAAACGCUCCCUGCGGAUCUCAAAAUCCGCGUUCAGAUCACCUCUCGCCUUCACUUUGAUGGCGACCUCUCCCAAUCCCGAAGGCGCCAGCUGUGCGAGUUUUAUGGCUUUUGGUGUAAUGGUAGCCUCACCGAAGACUCCUCUCAUCGUCGUAGACAGCAUCGACGCAGUGACAGUGGUGAUGAGAUCACAGGAACGUGCAUCCGACCUUCCAUGCGUUGUGAUGGUCUUCCCGACUGCUGGCUCGAUGAUCCCCUAAAUUCUCCUGACGAGGUUGGAUGCAGUGGCAUUCACCCACCAGAUAGUGCGGAGGCUCUCUCACCCUUUGAAAGUUUCAAUGAGUCCUUUCCCGCCGCCUCAUAAACAAUGGUCUCGUCGCACUGCAAGUGGACGGUGAUCCCUCUCUUCCUUCUUGCCUUUCUGCUUUCAAUUUUGAAUGGAAAGGGGGAGGAGAAGGAAGAGGAGGAGGAGGAGGAGGAGGUUGAACACUUAAGUCUUCAAAUUGAAGAUGUAGUUGAGGGAUUAAGGCAAUUCUCACCUGAGUUGGGGAAUUCACAUGCAAGGAAGACGUGUAGCAAGCACUUCUCACCUGACGGAAGCCCUCGUCCUGUAGUUGUGGCCUUUGUGCCAGCUGUUCUGCUCUGCGCCUUGGUGCGAAUUUGCUCUCAACGUCGUCAGUUGGACUUCGCAACUGUUGAUGGAGAUCUGCACGGUUUGGAAGGUGGAGACACCUGUACCCUAGGAGGUGGGCUUCUGCGUCGUCCACACAGUCUGCCGGCGUUUGAAAAUGCCGGAUACAAAAAGGGGCAAUCUGGUGGUCGUGGUCGGAAUUUUCUCGCCAUCGCGCUUCGUCGAUCUCGGUCUACAGAGGACGUGGUUCCGCAUCCACCCACCACCAUGGAGACACUUCCGAUGCAACCGCUUAAAGGUGUGGAAGCGAUGAUGUGGAGCAGUGGUGGUGGUGGUGGCGGUGGUAACUCCUCCCAUCUUCUUGCAGAGGAUGUUGUCCUUCGUGGAGAAAGGGGGAUGCAGAAGAGGGACAGUUGUAGCUUCCAGCUAGCUCCAAUGGUGCGUCGCAGCCGCAGUCGCAGUCGUGGUGGUGGAGCUGGUAGUGGCGGGGGUGGUGGUGGUAGUAAUGCAGUGAACAGAAUGAUAAUGUCGUGUUGGAGUGGUGAUUUAUCCAUCAGUUCUACGACAUCGUCGACAAACUCUCCGAUCACACGCGGAGAAAUGGAGGUGGAGGGUGAGGGGGAGGAUGAUUGUGAUGUCUGCCGGCAGAUGCGCGAGUCGGCAUUAAUGAUGACAUCAGGAGAUAAGGCGGAGUCAUCGAAUAUACGGUCGAACAGAAGUCACAGCUCCUGUUCCGCCACUUCAACACCUUCCACGACGUCAACAAGUCCAUUUACUCAACAAAGCGCCUCACUGGAUAGGCCUACCAAAGUCCAAACAACGGUGGCGACGAGGACGAUGAUGGUGUCAGAAAGUGAUGUGGAGUUUCGACAGAAUGGAGUAGAGAAGUGGUCGUGCAAAACGCCAACGAAGAUUUCGGAGGACCCACUGUUGGACGCGUUGAAGGAGAGAACGGUGCAAUACGACACUCACCGUAAGAACUUCAUGUUGUCAUGA